CCUUUGACGAGUCCUUGCGACACCGGCGGGCUCGGUGUUCAUCGUCCACCAACGUCCCUAUCCUCAUCGCAGAGGUCCCGUCAUAUACCAUACAUAACAAGUGCAAGAAGGGAAAUGGAAGCAUCUGCUAUCCUCGGGGAGAUCCAGGCAUCGGCUGCUCAACGCUUCCAAGCCGUUGCUGAGGACACCCCGAUCAGCCGCUCAUACCAUCCGAGGCACUCAGGAGGAUCGGACUUCAGCAUGAUUGCACAAGACGGCGACAUGAUGAUGAACGAUGUAUAUCCGAGCACUGAAACCACAUCGGGGCAUGAAGCUAUGUCGCCCACAAAGACAGCGCAACCUAAACACAUCAGUUUCGUGCUGCUACUUCCCCAAUCGCCUCAACACAGAGCACGCCUCCCCAUGCGUGUGAACAUCUUCCCCCACGACACUACAGACUCAAUAAUUACAACGGUCAAGAAUUUUUAUGGCCUGUAUGAGAGACGAGGCGUGGUCUUUGAGGAUCAGCAUGGAACCACCCUCAUUGCGCGCUACGAGAAUUUCGACCACAACAUGGUGGUAUACGUUCGCAUCACGGCAGAGGAGCCUGAGAUAGAUGACUACUCUCCAGACCCGCGCCAUUCCGCUUCUCCUCGCCGUCCUCGGCUUGGUGAUGCCUUCCAGAUGCUGCCGCCUUCUUUGACAGCGCACCAGGAUGGCCGACUAGGGUCUCGCACAACGGGCCGACAUAGUCAAUCACCACAGCCCGGCAGAGGUCGUCGAAGCGCAUCUGCCAGCACCAAUAACAAGAGCAGGGUUCGUCCAGCUCCAAAGAGUCGAGGCACAAGCUCUCAUGGAAGCUUCGCAGACAUCAACGCAGACGCUGGCAACUUCAGCGACAGCGAUGGAGGCAACGCAUCAGUCACCAGCUCUCGCCGAUCCCGUAAGGAGCAGGUUGCUAGUGCCGACAUCAGCGUUGAGAACAUUGUCGAAGGUGGACGUCGAAAGAGGGCCAAAUUUGACAGCUCUGAACUGCCUCUAUUUGUUCCUCCCCAAGUUCCCAUGACGGCUUCGCUAUCGUCCGUCUCUCCGCAGCGGCGCAUUAGCAGUCACAAUGGUGCCUCGCCGUACUCUGUGAACAAUAACCAGCAUACCUUUUCGUACCCUCUGCCUUCGCCUCAGAGUUAUGGACAAGGUGAAGCUUCGUAUUUACAUGGGCUCGCAACUCCAUAUUCGAGUUCGAGCGUGCAAAUGCAGGGCUACAAGUCUCGCACACGUGGCUCGGGUCAAUACGUUGGUCAACGACAUUCAGGGUUCGGUGGAGAGAUUCUGCCAACACCAGACCCCACUCUGGGUAGCAUUAGCGUCAUCUCAGACGAGGAUGUCGCCCGCCAAUUGAUGCGCCUUGGAGAUGCAUCCAAUUUUUCGACUCAUGGGCGCACAUCCACCUCUACCCUUGAUGACGCAUUGAGUGGAAAGGCAGAAGCUCCGUCCUCAGAUGACGAGAGCGAUAAUGGCAGCGAGGAUCAGCAAGAACUCCCUGGCCUACCAUUUGUCUCUGCGCGCAGCAAUGGAGCCAACGGCGAGCUCGCGCGUGCAUUUGACAGUGGCUCUGCGAGCGGCGACGAGUAUGAUGACAACCAUGACGACUCUUUCAAGGGUGAGAGCGACGAGAUCAUGCCCGAUGAGCAUCAUGACCGCCCAGGUCAAGCCAACGGCGUGAGAGCUCGAUCGAUCGCGUCAGGAAAGUCAGGAAAGUCCAGCAAGCCUCGCGCCCAGCCUAAGAGCAAGAGCAAGUCGAAUGCUCCCAGCAAGCCCCCAAUGUCCCCUGCCUCCUUACCUCCCCAGUCGCGCAAGCAGUCCGUUGCCUCCAUCACGCUGCAAGCACCAUUGGGAGCCGACGAAGAAGACCUGUCUAGCAAACCUCGCUGUCAGCGCUGCCGUAAGAGCAAGAAGGGUUGCGACCGCCAGCGGCCGUGCGGUCGUUGCAAAGAUGCAGGCAUCGGCAUUGAAGGGUGCAUCAGCGAAGACGAAGGCAACGGAAGGAAGGGGCGUUAUGGGCGCCACAUGGGCGUUACCGUCAAGAAGACUGGAGUUGAGACUCCAGCAGCAGACCAUGAUCAUGUUCAUGGUGUCACCGCCGCUCCAACGGCUCCUCCUCUGCUAAGCAACGCAAUUGAAAAAAGCAAGAAGAGAAAGCGGUAAACCUGUUGAAUAACACAUUCCGUUUCUAAAGGUCGAAUAACAUGGCCUUUGUCGUACACUACUACAACAACAACUCGAACUCGACUCAACUAUAAAGUAAAAAAAACAUAUUACGAAAUCAUUUGCUCCCCUGGAUAUUAUGAGGCAUGCGGCGCAAUCUAAGGGUUGUUUCGUUUUCCAUUUAUAUUUACAUUGACAUCAACAUUAUCAACAUUCUCACCAUCAUGGUCAAUGGCUUUCGAUCCGAAGGCUUUCCGUUACUACCAGCCAUCUGCCAUUGGAG